UUCUUCAUACACUAGAAGGCCAAUUUUUCUCCAUAAAUACCCCUUUCACUCCUCACUCCUCAUCAAUUCCACUACACUCUGUUUCUCUCAAAUCACAAAAUUAACAUAUUCUUUUUCUUUUUGGUGUACAAAUGGCAAAAGAUAUGGAGGUUGGUACUGAAUAUGCACCAAAAGACUACCAAGACCCACCUCCAGCACCCUUAAUUGACCCUGAAGAGUUAGGAAAAUGGUCAUUUUACAGAGCUAUAAUUGCUGAAUUCAUAGCUACUCUGUUAUUUCUCUACAUAACUGUCCUUACUGUUAUUGGCUACAAAAGCCAAAGUUCCACUGACCAAUGUGGUGGAGUUGGUAUUCUUGGAAUUGCUUGGGCAUUUGGGGGUAUGAUUUUUGUACUUGUUUACUGUACUGCUGGUAUUUCUGGUGGACACAUUAACCCUGCUGUUACAUUUGGUCUUUUCUUAGCUCGAAAAGUAUCGUUGGUUCGAGCUAUCAUGUACAUUGUAGCUCAAUGUUUGGGCGCCAUUUGUGGUUGUGGAUUAGUAAAAGCUUUUCAAAAAGCUUAUUAUGUUAAAUAUGGUGGUGGUGCUAAUACGUUGAACGAUGGAUAUAGUACUGGUACUGGUUUGGGUGCGGAGAUUAUUGGAACAUUCGUUCUUGUUUACACUGUUUUUGCUGCUACCGAUCCUAAGAGGAACGCCAGAGACUCACACGUUCCUGUACUUGCGCCUCUACCCAUUGGAUUUGCGGUGUUUAUGGUUCACUUGGCUACAAUUCCUGUAACUGGAACUGGAAUUAAUCCUGCUAGGAGUUUUGGUGCUGCUGUUAUUUAUGGAGAUAACAAAGCUUGGGAUGAUCAAUGGAUAUUUUGGGUUGGACCAUUUAUUGGUGCUGCAAUUGCUGCAUUUUAUCAUCAGUUUAUUUUGAGAGCUGGAGCUGUUAAAGCACUUGGUUCAUUCAGGAGCAAUGCUUAAUUAUAAUUAUGAGAAUUGAAAAUUGUACAUUAUGUUUUUUUUUUUAAUGUUAUUAGAGCUGUUUAGCAUUUGUUUUAGAUUUGCUAAACAACGUCAUUACUACUUUUUUUUUUAUUUGUUUCCUUUUUUUUGGUGUGUGUUUCUGUAAUUUUCACUAUGCUUGUUUUUGAGUAUCUAAAUAAUGGAAUUAUGAACAAGGCUAUUAUCCUUA